CCAUUUCAGCUAAUCAUGGGGGAGAUAAAAGUCUCUCCUGAUUAUAACUGGUUUAGAAGUACAGUUCCCCUUAAAAAGAUUAUCGUAGAUGAUGAUGACAGUAAGAUAUGGUCACUCUAUGAUGCAGGCCCCAAAAGUAUCAGGUGUCCUCUCAUAUUUCUGCCUCCUGUCAGUGGAACUGCAGAUGUAUUUUUCCAGCAGAUUUUGGCUUUGACUGGAUGGGGUUACCGGGUUAUAGCAGUUCACCUUUUUGGGGCUUCUUUGGGAGGCUUUUUGGCUCAGAAAUUUGCUGAAUGCACUCACAAAUCUAGGGUCCAUUCCCUCAUCCUCUGCGAUUCCUUCAGUGACACCUCUAUCUUUAACCAGACUUGGACUGCAAACAGCUUUUGGCUGAUGCCAGCAUUUAUGCUCAAAAAAAUAGUUCUCGGAAACUUUUCAUCUGGCCCAGUGGACCCUAUGAUGACUGAUGCCGUUGAUUUCAUGGUGGACAGACUGGAAAGUUUGGGUCAGAGUGAACUGGCUUCAAGACUUAUCCUGAAUUGUCAAAAUUCUUAUGUGGAACCUCAUAAAAUUCAGGACAUCCCUGUAACCAUUAUGGAUGUGUUUGACCAGGGUGCACUCUCAACUGAAGCUAAAGAAGAAAUGUACAAGCUAUAUCCCAAUGCCCCAAGAGCUCACCUGAAAACAGGAGGCAACUUCCCAUACCUUCGCCGAAGUGCAGAGGUGAAUCUGUAUGUACAGAUACAUUUGCUGCAAUUCCAUGGCACCAAAUACGCAGCCAUUGACCCAUCAAUGGUUAGUGCUGAGGAACUUGAGGUGCAGAAAGGCAACCUCAGCGUCAGCCCGGAAGAGCCAUAGUUGUGGCUUUUGCUGUCAACGACGAGUUGGCCUGGCGUGUUCUCCUACAAUCAGUGAUGCCAGCACCCUCCAGCAGUCUCUUCCUUCAGGUUCGUCAGGCUCACCGGUUCUCACUGUGUUUCGGAAGCAGGACCGACGGUCAUCUUCAUGACAGGCGACAACACCUCUAAGCAUAAACUGUUCCUUCGUUUUUUUAGCUUUUGAAUUUGAAAAAGUACUUUUGAAGAGUUCCACUUUAAGAACUGCAAAUUUUGCUACCAAAAGUCUUCACCACUGUGUUCUUAAGUGAGUGUUAAUUUUUGAGGUUUGGGACUUGGUGGUGUUUUCUUUUCUUUUCCUUUCUCACUUCUUUGUAUGUGAUUUGCUGUAAAUGCUGCACAUCCAGAUAUGUAUCAGAAGGACACUGGUUAUUUUUAUGAUUUCUUGGGUAUAGCCGUUAUCAGUGUGCCACAGCUAGCACCUCACUGUUUGCUCUCCUGCAAAUCAACUGCUGUUAAUUUCCAAUUAAGCAAAUUGUUUUGAGCAUUCACUGUUGUCUUUCUAGAUAUACAGUCAUUUGAAAUAAAAUUCAAUUUCAAUG